AUACAGCUGCAUGGUCAGAUUAGCAAGGAUCGAAGUAGGCAAUAGGCCGGGGUUUUUGAGUCGCUGCAUCCCCCCACAGUUUCUUCUCUAUGUAAUAGAGUCAGCACGCCUUGCCAACCUCAGAGCGACCGUAUAGUUGUCUAAAGUUGCUACACUCUUGAUGAACUGUUCUACUGGUGUUUGGAAACUUCCCUAUCAUACAAUCACAGACAGUGCAUUUGAGUCUUCCCAACAAGCUAGUAUACAAGACGUUGUUCAGCUUUCAACGAGUAAUAGCUACUAUAGAUCUUCAGAUAAUUACAAGACUACUGAAAUUCAAUACGACCACUAGUGCAGAUGCUGGCUGUGCCAGUUAUGCCAACACUUUACAAGUUCACUUUUACAGUUGGUAUUAUCACAAGUGUAGGAGUUAGGAGUUUAUACAGUAUUCCACGGGGCAUUGGACUCAUGCAAUACUUCAGAUGUUUAUGUUAAUACUACCAACUAGCUGAUAUCUAGUACCAUACAAGCUGCAACAAUAAUUAUUCUGUACACAGUAUAUAGCUAUAGUCAGCUGUGCUAUAGUAUAUAUCUAGAAAUUGACAUCACAGUCACAGAGCUCAAGCAACGAGAGAACUAACAAAGAUGACCCUAGGAAGAGGGCAUAUCAGAACAGCCAUCUAUACAUUACUGGUCCUGUUGGAACACUCGGCAACAACUCAAGCUCAAAACUGCAUUAAUGGAGAGAUAGACGCUGUGACUGGGUUUCCUAGCGAUGGGAGGUUGUACAUUCGUUACUGCUUCAAUGGAGAUUGGCGGAGGAUAUGCACUAACAGUGGUUCAUGGACCCCAAACACUGCAAAAGUUGCGUGCAGACAGCUGGGAUACAGUGACAUGAACGCUCAACCAGGUUCUUCCUGCCCCGAUCCCACCACGAUGGUAACGCAAACAGUGAUGGUGAGAUUACAGGCUAGUUGUGAGGGUCAUGAGAACAGGAUAGAGGACUGUCACAGUGGAGUGACACAAAGCAGCUGCUCUUGUAGGUCACAGGCAUGGGUGCGCUGCGAACCAGGUUGCACUAACGGAACCCUAAGACUGGUGGGUGGAUCCACUGACAGAGAGGGACGAGUGGAGGUGUGUGUGGGUGGUCGCUGGGGUACAGUGUGUGGUGAUGGAUGGACGGACAGAGAAGCUGGUCUAGUGUGUAGUAGACUGGGGUAUCCACAAGAAGGAGCACGUGAAGUCCGUAUGUUUGGUGCUGGCUUCGUGCCCAUCAAUAACUGCAGUAUAAGUGCCACUAAUGUGCGCUGUCUCCCACUCAUUGAUGGUUUAGCAUGUAACCACACAAUGGACAGUGGAGUGAUUUGCGCUUCAUUUCAAGAAGCAUACAACAUAACUCGAGUGGCUCUAGACCAGCUCCAGGAACAGUGUCUAACAACAGAAGCAAUCACCGCCACCACUACCACUACAACCCAGCCGAAUACUAAUUCAGAGCGCAUAACUGAUAGUGUUAGCUGUAAUACAACAGUGUACGAAGUAUUUCUUGGCGUCCUGAUAGCUGUGAUAGUUGCUAUGACAAUGGGAUGGAUAAUCACCUGUAUGGUAAUGAAGAGAAAAUCUGGCAUUAAUAAAAUAAAUGGCGGCCGAUUUGAGGUCAAGAACCCAAUUUAUGAUGACACAGUUUUGGCAAAUCGAAAUAAAGAACUUCAUCAAACAGAAGCUAUUGCACUGAAGAGGCAUGAUAAUGAAGUGAAACCAGCUACACUUGAGCUAUCUUAUUCAGAAGAUGAAAGAGGAUUUGAGAAUCCGGAUUAUGAAUCCGUGGAUGGAGAGGAAGAGCCGACCUACUCUGUGGUGGCUAGGAAGAUGGUGACCCAGGGAGGCCGUGACGCAGAGUACAACACACUAGUACAAAGUGGUGACCAUGGAGACAAAAUGCAGUUUGAAAUUGACUCACUUCACCGAGAAGGAAGUUACUCGAAACUAUUGAUGUCUCAACAGUCUUGAUUUAUAAAAGCAAAAUUUUUGUUUAUCAAGCAUCCCACACCUAUAAAGAUGAUUUAAACAAGCAUUGUGACAUUCUGUGACAAAUACCGGUUUGCCCAAAUGCCUACAGUCAUGAAUAAUAUGAAACAUAGGCCAAGUAUAGUGGUUUAGACUAU